AUGGUGUGGGGGAAUGGAGCCACGGGAAACAUCGCGCCUGUGCUCUUCCUUGCUUUCUGCCUUCUUUGGUGGAUCAGAGGAGCGGAACUGUUGCUAAUGCUUGUUGCUAACGCUACUGCCACCGUCGCCCUCUCUGGUGAAUACGGCGACUGCACCUUCGCAUCGGACACGAUGCCAAUCGACCGAAUGCGGAUGAGGCCAUGGCUGCAAAAACAGAUAGAAUCAUCUCAGAUUCCUGGACUCAAAUGGCUCAACAAAGAGGAGCAAAUAUUCCAGAUUCCAUGGAUCCACGCGUCUCAUCAAAUGUGGGAUUUGGAGAAAGACGCCCCUUUGUUCAUGCGAUGGGCCAUUCACACAGCUAAAUACCGGCCUGGAGUGGACAGUCCCAACCCCAAAACGUGGAAGAGUAAUUUCCGCUGUGCCCUCAACAGUUUGUCGGACAUCGUGGAAGUGAAAGACAAGACGAACAGGAAAGGAUCCAACGCCUUCAGAGUUUUCAAAAUGCUCUCUGUCGAAAGAUCCACAGAGAGAGGAAUUAAGAAACUUACCAAAAAGAUAGUGAAAGAUUCCCAAAUUCAGUCCAGGUCAGAGCGCUGUAUUCCUGAGGCUGGUCUCGGAGGUGACGCCAAAACAGACGCGUCCAGAGUCAAACAAGAGCCGACGGAAGUGGAUGUUAACGAUUUUGAAAUUAAAGAAGAACCGGAUGAUUUCCCCAUUGAAGAUAUCGUCAGGGUGAGAAUUGGAGAAAAUGGCGACGUCGAGGAAACGGACGAGCCUGUGUUUCGCGUAAAUCCUCAAACGAGAGCACAGCGAGGCCUUCGCUGGAGGAUCGAGUGGAGCAUGGAUUUCAUCAUAAUAGAUGAAAACCCAGAAGACGAUGUCCUCAUUAGAGACGAACCAGUAUUCAAUAAACCAGAAGAAUUUGCCAAACCGGAAGAAGAGGAUUAUCCGUAUACUAUAAUCGCUGUGACAAUUGGAGACAACGGAAAUGUUGAAGAAACAGAUGACUCGGCUUUCAGCUUGGAGACUCAGAGACUGGCUCCAAAUCAUGAGCAGGAAUCAACCCAAGAGAAUGAUUCUUCUGAAACGGACAAUUCAGAAGACUGGAACGACUUCUCCGAGUCCUUGGAGCCUUCUGCAAAGAGAGCUCCAAAUAAGCAACUUCCGACCAAACUUCUUUUACGAUCCCAUCUGUAUCACCACAAGACAAAAGACCUCAAAAAGUUUGCGUGCAAAGAGUGCGGCCUGCGGUUUCGCGAUGAGGAGUGGCUGGUGCGUCACAUGGAGAUCCACGACUCGGCGCGACCGUUCCACUGCGAGAUCUGCGACAAACGGUUCUCCCAGCAGUUCGCUUACGACUCCCACAAGAGGAUCCACACCGACGAGAGGCCGUACCCCUGCACCGUCUGCAACCACUCCUUCAAACACCGCAGCAAUCUGAGGUUCCACAUGAGGACGCACACGGGCGAGAAACCCUUCAGCUGUCCCAUCUGCUUCCAGGGCUUCACCAGGAACUCCAGCGUGCGAAGACACGUCGAAGGGCAUAAAGGCUACAACCGAGGCCCGCUCGAGGGCGCCACGCAACCCUUCAUCUGUUCUAUUUGCGGGUUCGGGUUCAACACUAAGCUCAACUUGCUCUAUCACAAGCGGAGCCACAAGACCAGAAGACCUCUGCGCUGCGUGGUGUGUAAAGCCAAACACUACUCGAUGCAGGAGCUGAACGACCACAUGAGGAUGCACUCGUGUGUGGUGAAGCUGAUGCGGAUGGAGGAGCCGCUGGACCACAGUGACUUGUCAACCCAAGAAAGUCCGGUUGAAUCAGUCGCGAAGCAUUUGGAUGCCGAUUUGGAAUAA